UAGAGUCCGUCUUUCUUUGUUCCUAAAUAGGACUGGGAAGAAUCAGUUGACUCUUUCUGGUUAUGUCUGGGAGCUUUAUGCUUAUUUUUUCACCUUCUUAGCUGCGAGACUUUUUUUCUUAGUGAAGUUGGUGUCGGAAUGGUAUCUGUGUGCUUUGACAGGAACUUCUUUUCUUAUUUAUCUUCUGCAGAAUAUUAAGAUGGAGUUAAGAAUUGAGCACACGUGGGAUGGUUUACCUGUGAGCCACGACCCAGCAGCAAUUGCACUUCAGUCGUAUGAUGCAGGACUGCUAAUGCAGGUCAGUGCUCCCUUCUUCAAUGAUCCUCCAGCGCCACUUGGAGCUCCAGGGAAACCCUUUAGAAAACUCUGGGACCAUGAAGUUGUAGAAGCAUUUUUCUUGAGUGACGGAAGUGAACAGUAUCUAGAAGUUGAACUUUGUCCCCAUGGACAACACUUACUGUUGCUGCUUUCUGGCGAAAGGAGAGUGUGGAAAGAAGAACUUCCCUUAGAAUUCCAUGUGACCAGAACGGAAACCAAUUGGAAGGGUAGAGCUCAUCUUCCUUGGAGUUAUUUUCCACCAGGCAUUAACAAGUUCAAUGCCUUUGCAAUCCAUGGCUCAGGAGAACACAGAAAAUAUGAAGCACUUUAUCCUGUGCCUCGACACAAACUUCAGGAAGGCCAGAAACCAGAUUUGUAAGCAUAACAUUAGUUCUUCUCUAAUAUAUUUGCACUCUUCUUGGAAUACUCGUAGAAGACACCAAUCCGAGUGCCACUGAUAUUGUAACUAUACUGUUCAGCCCAGAUCCACUGUAGUUUGUGUAAAGAACUCCCAGAUAGCAGUAAUUUUAGUGCUUGAUUUCUGUGUUAUCCCCUAGCUGCACAGCAAAUGAUGCAUUCAAUGUAAUUUGCAUCUGUUAUCACAUUCUCAUAUAAAUCAUAGAUGGUUUGUUCUUUUUUCUCCUUGCCUACAGCACUUCUUGAAGUGCUAUUUAAUGUUAAUUGUACCAGAGUAAUAUCCAGCGGAUCUCUUUUGCCUUACAGAUGGCUC